AUGUGCUCCCGCCAGGACAAGGACCAGUGCCACCGACAGGACCAGUCCUCGUGCCACAGCAGUGAGGGGUGUGGAGGGGGCAGCGGGGGCUCCGGGUGCCAUGGGAGCAGUGGAUCCAGGUGCCAUAGCAGCAGUGGUGGGUCUGGAUGCCAUAGGAGCAGUGGAUCUGGAUGCCAUGGGAGCAGUGGAUCUGGAUGCCAUGGGAGCAGCGGGGGAUCCUGCCAUGGAAAGCCACAAGAUUGCCAGCAGCAAAUUUAUCAAACCCUCAAAUAUCCUCAAAUAUGA